AGACAGUCUGUCAAGAGCAGAGCUUCCCUUUCAUCUGUUUUAGGAGAAGAUGCCCAUAUCAGCAGACACCGUCUUGUCAAACGGACAGCUCGGGAGUGGGAAUUAGUUGUUUUUUUUUGUUUUUUGUUGUUGUUGUAGUAACAAGUCGUGUGAACUUUAGAAUAGGGCAAGUGUCGCGCAGGCAGCGAGCAGCUGGACAUACGAGGGGAAUCCUCCAACCACUUAUCUGACUGUCCCGUCGCAGUAUGACUGUUGCCGUGUUCAGUUUAAGAGACAUUGUAUAUUUUGUCUAAGGGGAAGGAGAUUAUAAGCUUAUGCUCCCCGUCAUCCUCCCCGUUGGACACCUAUGGAGAGGACACUCUGCGUGCUGUCGCGCAGCUCCUGGACCCGUCUGCUGCGUGGAUGUUGAAUCCACCGACCUGGAUCGCGGAAAACGACCACUUAACCUCAUUUGAAUGCCUUUGCAAGGAGUUUGCUGGUUUUUUUGCUGCAGGCAGGACUUCAGUUUGCUGGGACGGGACUAUGGGGAGAAAGAGGAGGAAGAAUCGUUUGAAUUGCGCAACAAGGAGGACUUGACUCCCAAUGGACGGACUCCAGCUGAGGUGAUCGUUUCUCAGCCAACUUGUACAACCAAUGGAACAAAUGGGCACGCUGUCUCACCGCUGUCUGACGAGACCAAGAGCCUGAUUAUUGAGAAGAAUAAGAUGGGAAUGGAGGAAGAUGCUGAACUGUUGGUGAAAGGUUGGCUGUUACGGGAGGUGCGGGGCAGCUGGAUCAAGCAGCGCCGCUACUGGUUUGUGCUGAGCCAGGACUCCCUGGACUACUACAGCGGACCAGAGAAGGGCGCCCGCAGACUGGGCACGCUGGUUCUCACCAACCUGUGUUCUGUCAUUUGGCCGGACAAGCAGACGUUCAAGGAGACUGGCUACUGGAGCAUUACAGUCUAUGGACGGAAACACUGCUACAGGCUCUACACCAAGCAUUUCAACGAAGCUGUGCACUGGGCAUGUGCCAUCCAGAAAAUCAUUGAUACCAAAUCCCCCGUGGAAACGCCAACGCAGCUCCUGAUCCGAGACAUUGAGGAGAACAAGUUCAAUCCGGAGGUAGUGGAGCACAUCUACCAGCACAACCCCAUCCUGAAGUACACCCAGGGCCCCCUGUACGCUCCUCUGCUGCCCUUCCCUUACGGCAGCCUGGAACACACGUACCACAGUGGGAAAGGCUACGGCUCGGUGCGCGAGGAGGCCGUGAAGCUCUUCAACUGCCUGCAGCAGCUGGAGUCGGCGCGGGAGCCGGUUCCCAUCAUCCAGGGCGUGCUACAGACCUGCCUGGACCUGCGGCCCCUCCGCGACGAGGUCUACUGCCAGCUCGUCAAGCAGACCAGCUACACGCCUUCACCAUACACUGCUGCGCAUCUGCGCUACUGGCAGCUUCUCACCUGCAUGAGCUGCACCUUUCUACCGGGGCCCACUGUGCUCAAAUACCUGCGAUUCCACCUGAAGAGAAUCCAGAGCCAGAGCCCAGAGUCUGAGAUGGAUAACUAUGCGUCAUUCAUCAGCGAGGCUUUGGAGAAGACCAAGUGUCGGGAGUGCGUGCCAUCCUGGGAGGAGAUCCAGAUGCUGAUGAACCGGCAGGAGAUGCUGUGCACUGUGCACUAUCCUGGCCCCGGGUCCUGCCAGCUCUACAUCAGCUCACACACCACUGCCAAUGAGGUGGUUCGAAGGAUCCAAGAGAAGCUGGGCCUACAGGACAGCAAAAACACGUUUGCACUGUACGAGCAGAAUGCACUGUGGGAGCAGCCGGUCACGGGGAGCGCUCUGAUUGCUGACAUCCUGACCAGCCUCACCACCAAAGAGUCGGAGUCUAAGUCCCAGUGGAAACUGUGCUUCAAGCUCUACUGUCUGCUAGACGCUGACGGCAUAUCGGUGGACAGCAUAGAGUAUUUAUUCCUCUUUGAACAGUGCCAUGAGAUGGUGGUGCGCGGCCAGCUGCCCGCCUGCGAGGAGGACCUGCAGACGUUAGCUGCCCUGAGGCUUCAGUGCCUGAUGGGUGAUUUCAGCACGCACGCCCCCUGCCCGCCUCUGGACGAGCUCUUCCCAGGCUGCAUGCUCGAAGCGCGAGUCCUGAUGUCCCUUUCGGCCCCGCAAGCGAUGCCCCCUUGUCAGGUGGCGGGCCAGGGCUGUCCCGCGAUGCAGCGCUUCCCCACGGGGCUCCUGUCGGGGACCCUGUGGAGCCACACGGCCACGGCGGUGCACAAGCAAAAGGUGGAGCAGGACAUGCGCCUGCGGAGCCGGCUGAAGGAGGAGUCGGCGGCUGUCAUGGCAACCAUCUUGGAGCGCUGGAAGGAUCUGACGGGCUACAGCCGUAGGGACAGUAUGGCGGCGUACCUCACAAUUGCACGCCAGUGGUCGGGCUUCGGAUGUACUCUUUAUGAAGUGGACUUUUAUACCAGUUCAACGGGGAAUUUUUCCCAGAAGCUGUGGCUGGGUGUUGCUGCUACAUCCGUGUCUCUGUACAAGCAGGGUGAAUCGGAGGCGCUGGAGUCCUUACCUUACGGUCAGAUCUGCUCCUACGGGGUGUUUGACAGCAACACCUUCAAGAUCACAGCUGGGGAUCGAGAUCUGCUGUUUGAAACCACCAAGCUGACUGAGAUCAUGCAGCUGAUGAACGCAUAUUUCAGUGCCAUCCAUCGCCACCGAGGCAAAGGAGAAAAUCCGGACAUCACCAUAAAAGACAGCACGGGAGUUGGCUUCCAUCACCUGGCCACGCCCACACUCCUGGAGCUACCUUCACACCCCGUUUGAGAGGAUCUCACACCCCCCGACCCCCUAACUUCCCCCCCCCGCCUAUGGGGCCCAGUCCCAAUCCUCAGGACCCUCCACCUCCUCCGCUGGGGAUGGUGCAGCAGCCAAAACAAAGAAAGGACUGUUUUCACUUCCCAUCCAUGAAAAUAAACCUUCGUCCAGCUUUCCAGCUGAAGGAGCCGGUCGUAUAAUGGGAGGAGAUUAGGGAGGGGAUGGGAAUGCAAGGGGGGGGUUCAGCUUUUGCAAGUGAGCCCAGAAACCAGUGCUGUACGUAACGAGGUGUCACCUCCACCUGACAUGGCGACAACUCCCCCACC